UCUCCGCUCUCCCUCCUCUGUACCCAGACAAUAUAAAGAAACCGUUUUGCCGCUGGAAAGAGAAAGUUUUAAACGUUUCGAUAAUCUAAUACAGUUCAAGCUUAUACGAUUUACGAGAAUCUUGGGGGAGGAGAGAGAUGGUAACGUCAUCGGUGGUGAACACUUAUCCACUGUCGAGCUACACCUUUGGCACCAAAGAGCCGAAGAUGGAGAAGGACACGUCCGUGGCGGAUCGCCUUGCUCGCAUGAAAGUCAAUUAUAUGAAAGAGGGCAUGAGGACUAGUGUUGAAGCAAUUUUACUGGUCCAAGAACAUAAUCAUCCUCACAUUCUUCUUCUGCAAAUUGGGAACACAUUCUGCAAACUUCCUGGUGGUCGCCUGAAGCCUGGAGAGAACGAGAUUGAGGGUUUAAAAAGGAAGCUGACCAGCAAGCUUGGAGCUAAUUCACCUGCUCUUGUGCCAGACUGGCAGAUUGGUGAGUGUGUGGCCAUCUGGUGGAGGCCCAACUUUGAGACCAUAAUGUAUCCAUAUUGUCCUCCCCAUAUCACAAAACCCAAGGAGUGCAAGAAGCUUUUCCUUGUUCACUUGUCUGAGAAAGAGUACUUUGCAGUACCAAAGAAUUUGAAACUUCUUGCUGUGCCGUUGUUUGAGCUUUAUGAUAAUGUUCAGAGAUAUGGACCAGUCAUAUCAACCAUUCCUCAGCAGCUUUCUAGAUUCCAAUUCAACAUGAUUACUACAUGACUUUGGCAUGGAUGUAAAGAGUGCCAACCUUACUGCUUGCUUCCAGACAGCUACAUCGUAAGAAUAUUGCAUUGGCUUCAAGAGCUGGAGCUGGUGGUAUUUAAUGAGAGACUUUUGUGUUACUUGGGUUUCCUAAGUUGAUUAAGAUGACUGAAACGUUGACACUAUGGUAAACUCUUGCACUUUAAUUUGAUUACAAACCAUUUUUUCAGCUUAUAUAUAAGUUUAGAGUCAUUACUAAUCAGAGUCGUAUCUUGUAUGGGUCCGUAGCCACGCUAGUGUCCCAACUUAGAUGGUUUAAUUUAAUGGUUUUAUAUUCUUUAAGAAUGUUUAACAAGCUAUUGUUGUGGGGUUUAAUGGGUUGUUAUAUCUUGGUUAUGGAUGUGUGAUUGUUUAGAUGUAGAGCUGUUUUGCUCCCAGUGUAAUUUGUAAGGUGGAUCAUUAGUUAUGACUAGCGAUGUUUAUGUAUCUUGGUUGAUGAUUGUUCAUCAAACGGGCUUACAAUGCAAUCAUGUAUUUGAGUCCCAUAAAUGAGAAGUUUAUGCUUGAUGUCGGUUAUGAAACAGGUAAAUUAGUUUGUUGGAUUUUGGAGUGUAUUAUUUCUACUCGACAGAUUGGAAUUAUGGGCAAAGGGACUGCAGGUACGGAUGGUUCCUUUGUGAUGGAGUGAAAAAUACCGAAGCUCCUAUUAUCUGUAUCCUGGUGAAAAUUGUAUAAUUUUCAUAUAAUAUAGAUGUGCGAGGAACUGUGAGAAACUGUUCAGUUUAUUCGAUGGAGGCAUCUUCAUUGGUUGAUUACUUGGCUUAUUUUGCCAAGUGGUUGGGGUCUGGAAUUACUUAAAUUCAAUUUGAGUGGAACCUUG